CUGCAAGUACCGCCACCUUACGCCUCCUUCAUCAGAAUAACUACUCUAUCAGCUCCACCUCACCUACGCUUCAAUUGUAUAAAAGCUUCAUCAAAUGGCGGAGAGAAGACAAACGAGGAAUCAGAUCAGGGGCCCGCACUCCGCUCUCACUGAUUUCUUGGCUUCCAACAAUAUCUCCGCUGCCCAGAUCCAUCAGAACCAUCAAAGACGUCUAAGGGAAUCUGAGCGCCAGUCAGCUGUGGAAAGACGAGAAAAUGCUCCCGAUAACGAUGAUGAAUAUGAACCUGUCGGCGAGUCUGCAGAAGACAGAAAAAAGCGGAAACGGAAGGAGGCGGUCGCUCUCGCGAAGAUCAAACAAAGUAAAGAGUUCGCUCGUCGUAAAGCUCGACGCAUGGGCGGACCCGGCGAUUCUGACGACGAAAUUGCCCGAGAGAUGAUGCACGAGAGGUCCCAGCCAUUACCAGGCCAGCUUGAGAACUGUGAGAUAUGUGGUAAACGCUUCACGGUAACCCCCUACAGCAAAGCUGGUCCUCAAAGAGGCCUUCUCUGCGCGAAAUGCUCGAAGGCAUUAGCAGAUGAUGAGAAGAAACCCAAAGCUAAUCGGCGGGGAGCGAGGAGUGGCCGGCGCCAAAACCAAAGUAAUCUGCUCGAUGGGCUGGCCCAACAAGGUGCUCUAAGCUUAGCCGAUAUGUGUACGAAGAAAGUGGCUGACAACAUUAAUGAUAUCGAGGAAUUUGGGGACCUGCCCUCGCAGUUACUGCAUCGCCUCAGUCAAAUAUUGUGUAAGCGGCGGGUUUUGACUCCGAGAACUCUUAAUCUGUUUCUACGACCAGACCUUGAAUCCAUCGAUAUUUACGAUGCUGCCAGGCUCGAGACACAUGACUUCGAAAAGAUCUUCACCCUUAUGCCCAAUUUGUCGCACGUCAAUAUCCGUUUUGCUGGUCAAUUGAAAAACAAAGUUAUCGAAUAUAUGUUGGAUCACAGUUUGAAAGUCAAGCGCUUGCAGCUGGAUGCUGCGAACCUGGUGUCUGAUGCAUAUUGGCAACAACUAUUCCAAAAACUGGGUCCCCAGUUGGAAAUCCUCAAACUAUCCAACCUUGAUUUCUCUCUGGAUGAUGAAACUAUAGAAGUGAUGUGCAGGUAUUGUACAACACUUCAACGACUGAAAUUAAAGCAGUGCUGGAAGGCUGGUAAUCGCUCGCUUCAAGCAAUUUCUGGUCUAAUAUCCUUAGAGCACCUAUCUCUGGACUACGUUCAAGAGGUAGAAAACGAGAUUCUUCUUGGCACAGUCUCUAAGAUUAGCCCACGCUUGCAGACAUUGUCGCUGGAGGGCUUCACUAAUGUGGAUGAUCGUCUUUUAGGAAUUAUACAUGACAAUUGCCGCGCUCUGACGAAACUUCGCUUUUCCGACAAUGCAGUGUGUACUGACAGGGGCUUCGUCAAUCUAUUCACAGGCUGGGCCAACCCCCCACUAGAAAUUGUGGAUCUCUCUUCUACGCGGGAUAUUGAUAACACGAAUCCGGAUGGUCCUAAAGAUGCAACCGGCCUCGCAUCUCAAGGCCUUCUGGCUCUUAUGAACCACUCAGGGUCCAAGUUACAGAAGCUGAAUAUAGCAUCCUGCCGCCACGUGUCACACUCGGCUUUCGAAGAGAUAUUUUCGGCUGGAACAACGUAUCCUAAUCUCAAGGAAUUAGAUGUCUCAUUCCAUACAGUCGUCGACAACUAUGUCGUGGGUCGAAUCUUUCAAUGCUGUCCUAAACUGCAAAAAUUGGUCGCUUUUGCCUGUUUCAACUUGCGAGAUGCUCAAGUUCCGGCUGGGGUUGCUUUGAUUGGGGGCUUGAAAGCGCAAGACCCCAUUGUCCUCCAGGGCGAUUACUAGGCGCCAAAGAUUUUUUCCCAUGAUUUGUACCCCCGUGCAUCACAUGACCGAUGAUAUCAUUUUUAAUACUGACAUAAAUGCAAUGCGUUCCCUCCACUUCUCUUUGCUAUAUUUUGAUCUAUCAGGACGAACUCCUGGUCAAAGAAAACGAAGAAGGGAAACAGAAAAGGAUCUUCUGGCACAUGAUGACAAUCGGGGGAGAUUACGUGUGUUUUUCACCUGUAGAGAACAGCAUGAACUGAAUCAUCAGAUGGCAUCGUUCAUGUUGGUCAGCCUAUUUUAUACCUCACAAAAGGUAUCAACACGCGAUGGCGUCGAGAGGGAAAUACAAAUACCAUCUUGGACAGUUGUCCGGUGUAAAUACAGGUGGACGCU